CAUUCGAGUCACGAUUCCCGUCGGUUCUUUAAUCCAUUGGCUUUUAGAUAUAUUUCGAGUCUUUCAAUCCAGCCAAAGAAAAUACAACUUCUAUGAUGUGGCUUGGCAAACCGAGAGAGAGAGAGGUCUAAGUGUCACAUCGAAUUUGUGAAAAAUAAUUAGUAGGAAUGUUUCUUUUACGUGGGUGAGAGAAAGAGAAUGAAAAAUCUAGUUUUGAAGCCAUAGGUUUAUCAACCUGAUAUCCUAUGUUUUGGUUCGAGUUUGCCAUGUUGCCGCCUUCUGCCGUUUAACGUUCUCGUAAACGCUACAAGUUUUCUUCACCUCUAGAGCUCCACUGUCUUCAUGGACCUCCUUUCAGUUCCUUCCCCGCCAUCAUUGGCUGUGGUUUUAGUGAAGCAGCUAAGUUGCAAUGGCAUAGGAAAUGAGCGAGGUUCACACACGUUUGGAACCAACAGUUGGCACGAAAUUCUGAAGGUAACUGUUCUGGUUUUAGGGAAUAUGUUGUUUUUGGCACGGCAGCGUUUUUGCUCCUGGAGAAGUCCUGAAAGACUUAAUCUGGAUGCAAUAUUUGCAACAGAUGGAGUAUUGUAUAAGAGUUUACGAAGGGGAACCAGAUGUUUCUCCAAAAAAACUGACGCUUCUAGUUCUUUUUCAAAUGGUACUGGAGAAAGUUUUGAUGUACCUGUUAAUAUAAAAUCAUGUGAAGCUCGUAUAAUUUAUGCGGUAGCUCCUGCCAUGGGUCAUAACCAGGAAGCUCAUCCAGAGUCUCACUUUAGAGUUCCUGCAAUAGUGCAGACUCUUGAAGAAAUGGAGCUCACACCGAAGUUCCGUGGCUCGAAGGUUAUUGAACUUCAAAAUUUUAGGUCUGCAUCAGUGGAUGACAUCACAAGUGUUCAUACACAAUCAUAUGUAUUAGGCCUUGAAAAGGCUAUGGAUCAAGCCUCAAAAGACGGCCUUAUUUUAAUAGAAGGCUCUGGACCAACAUAUGCAACUGUUGAUACAUUUCAGGACUCACUUAUAGCAGCUGGAGCAGGAAUUGCCUUAAUUGAUUCAGUGGUAGCCGAGUCAAAGAAAAGCAGGGAUCCACCUACAGGUUUUGCUUUGAUAAGACCUCCAGGACACCAUGCAAUUCCAAAGGGUCCAAUGGGUUUUUGUGUGUUUGGUAAUAUUGCAAUUGCAGCUCGUUAUGCUCAGCGUGCACAUGGCUUGAAGCGUGUCUUUAUAAUUGAUUUUGAUGUUCACCAUGGGAAUGGGACAAACGAUGCUUUCUAUGAGGAUCCGGACAUAUUCUUCCUUUCAACUCACCAAGAUGGGAGUUACCCUGGUACCGGAAAAUUUGAUGAGAUAGGUAAAGGGGAUGGCGAAGGUACGACACUAAAUCUUCCUCUCCCAGGAGGGUCAGGUGAUUUUGCUAUGAGAAGUGUGUUUGAUGAAGUAAUUGUGCCAUGUGCUCAAAGAUUUAAGCCAGAUAUUAUUCUUGUCUCUGCUGGGUAUGAUGCGCAUGCAUUGGAUCCACUCGCAAGUUUGCAGUUCACAACUGGAACAUAUUACAUGCUAGCAGCUAGUAUUCAACAACUCGCCAAGGAUAUGUGCGGAGGCCGGUGUGUGUUUUUCUUAGAAGGAGGAUAUAAUCUCGACUCUCUGUCAUAUUCAGUUGCAGAUUCAUUUCGUGCUUUUCUUAAAGAGCCGAGUUUGGCGUCGACCUUUGACAACCCUGCCAUGUUGUAUGAAGAGCCAUCAAUGAAGGUUAAGGAGGCAAUUCAAAGGGUUAAACAUAUGCAUUCUUUGUGAAUAUCUCAUAUUUUCACCUAACAUUUCUAUAUUAUAAAUAGUUAUGUACAUAUGUUGACCCAUUGAAAUCACGGCAAUCCUCUAGAUUUAUAUUGAUACUUCUUGUGUUGAGCA